AUGACAGGGUCUGAUGGCUGUGUCAUGGGGCUUUCAUCAGACCUCUCAUCUUCCGACGCACUCCCCGCAGCCACGAUCGAUGUUUCGUUUGUGGCGGGUUCUGGUGAAGCGUCAACGGGAGUUUCAGUUACUCUUUCGCCUUCUGAAUCAGCAUCGACAGCAGGAAUCACAUCUGCGGUGACAGUAAGCUCUGGAGAAGGUAUCGUUGGACUCUCAGCUGAUACCUCGUUUUCCAAAUCGCUCUCUGCAGGCGCAGUCACGUCUGCGGUGGGAGUGCGUUCUGGUGAAUGCGUCACUGGGUCCUCAUCCAACCUCUCGGUUUCCGACUCGCUCUCCGCAGGUGUAAUAACCGUUUCAUCGGAAAUAGGCUCUGCUGAUUCCGUUGCUGGAAUGUCUGCUGAUCUCUCAGAGUCCAAAUCACUUUCCUCAGCUGCAGGCAUCGUUUCAUCGACAUCAGGCUCUGGUGACUGUGUCACUGGACUUUCAUCAGAGCUCUCCUCCUCUGACGCGUGCUCACUAUCAACCAUCGACUCGGGGCUACUAUCAACCAGGUCGAUUAACUUCGCGUCUACAACUGGAAUGGGUUCCUCCUCGGGUUGCCAGUCGUUCACAGGUUGA